AUGGAUGAAAUCGACGAUGCGCAGGCGAUGGACGCCUCUCCCAUCGACCUCUCCACCAAGAAACUCGAUCAAGCCCUGUUUGGCGAGCAACGCACACGGUUGCUCGAGUCCUUAGCCAGCCUUACUACACCACAAAACAUUCUGUCGUUAUGCGCCCAGUUGGCCGCCAAUCGCGACACUCCCAGGUCCGCACAAUCGGAGCUAUCCACCGCCCCAUUGGAGACGUCGGCAGCUCCUGCGCCAGCGGUUUCACUCGAAUGUGCUGCAACGGGUUGUGACCAGGUUCGUCAUUGA